AUUUUAAUCAAUCCCAGAGCGUAUAGGCUAGAGAUCAAAUGCCUGUUAGGCGUUCUGCCAUCGGAUCCGAUUUGAUUAUUCUGCCCUUGGAAAACGGAGAAUACUUUUUCUCACUGUAUUGGGCUGUCACUGGGAUUCACAUUCAGCUCUCAUCAUCACAUAUGUAGGCAGCUAUACUAUACGCAGAUUGAUUGUGGGAAAUCCAGGAUUAAUUACAGUGUGCAUCAGCGGCAGCAUCAAACACACCCGAUGUGGAUGAAAUGAACCGUCGAUACGGCCUCUAAAGCAGCAGCAUGAUCCAUGGCCUGGCUGUGUGUGUGAGUGUCAGUGAGGACAGACAGUGUUGCAGCCCAGGCCAGAGGCAGCAGAUUGAAUGCCACUGAAGUCUCAAGGCUGUGAGCCCUGUGGAGUGUGGUCAUGACCAGCCAGGGCAGCAACAGUAGCAGGAAGGACGGCCAUGCUGCUGACAGUACCCCCUCCUCCUCCACGCCCCCCCGCCCGCCCCCCCGGCCCCAAGCUGCAGGUGCAGCGCUCCCUCUCCCGGGACACCAUCACCAUCCACUUCUCCGCCCUGGGACAAGAGGAGGACGAGGACGAGGAGCUGUAUGGGUUUGGGGCGUCUGUGUCAUCGUCCUCUGCAGGAGAGGAGUCAGAAGGGCUGGGUGGGAUGGGGGGGGAGGACUGAGGACCAGGGCAUCGUGACGGCCUUGGAAGCCAGCGAGGAGCUAGUGUUUGAUGCUGGAGGGAUUGGGGCCACCACUACCAUUGCUGUGUCCUCUACCACUCUACCCCACAGCCCAGCCCUGCCCAUCCUCCCCUCCUCCAUGCACACCCCCCUCCAUUCCCCCCCUGCUUGCUCCUCCUGGCCCUCUGAUCACACAAGGCCCACGAUCCCUCCCACCUCCUCCUCCACCACCUCCUCCCCGUCUCGCUCCGCAGCCCUGCCCUCCAAGCCUUUCCUCAGCCUCAGGUCCCUGUCCAAUGAAAUGAUGGUUGCCCCUCCUUCUUCUGCCGGACGCCACCGCCACCAUCUGAUGAAGACGUUCGUCAAGUCUCUCUCCACGGACAACACCAGGCCCGACCACCAGGAGGCGCCCUCACCACCAUCUCUCUCCCAGCAGCGCCCACCUCCAGACUCCCGCGUCAACAACCUGCAGCUCUUCAAGCAGUUGGGCCAGCCGAUGGGUUCCACCACGUUUGGGGGUGGUGACUCCAAGACGGCCCCCUCCUCACCCCUCACCUCCCCGGCCGACGGGAGGUGUUUCUUCAAGGUGCAAGAGAUGGAGGCCAGGAUUGAGGAUACUAGGAGGCGUUUGUCGGAGGUCAUGUGUGAGCCAAUGCAUCUGUUCAGUAAGUUCAUGGGCGACGAGGCUGGAGGCGGGGCCGAGGGAGGAGGUACAGGGGGGGGUGCCUCCGCUACCCACCGCUCCCUCUCCCUCAGCGCCACGGAGCUCACCAACCUGGCAGGCCUCAAUGGGCACGCAGAGAGCAACAACAACUACAGCAUCAAAGAGGAGGGGGGCAACUCUGAAGGAGAGGAGGAGGAAGAGGAGGAAGAGGAGACCCCUACUGGUGAAGCCUCAGCAGACUCUGUCUUCUCCUCUCCUCCAGCCAAGUCCUCCAGGACCUCCAGGGUCUCCUCCCCUCCUCCUCUCCCCAGGUCCUCCUUCCUCGCCCUGGGUCACUGCUCCAUGUCGGCCCUAGUCCGCCUGGAGGACGAGGAGUUCUGUGAGCUCUACAGUGAAGACUUUGAGCUCUGUACUGACACUGAGACACCGGACGGGGAGCGGCCCGGGUCCCUGCAGAUCCAAACAGGAAGCACGGGCGUCUGCAGUGAAGCCGAGUCCGACGAAGAGGAGGAAGACUUACCAAACGUGCCCAUCACUGGCCUCCUCUUCUUCACAUGUCUAGUCUACAGUUACCUGGUAUUCCCCCUGCCACCCUAUUUGUGUGCGGUGGUGCAGGGGGUGGCAGCAGGGUUCAUGCUGGCUAUACUGGUGGUGUGGCUGUCGGCUCCGGAGGUCUCCAGCUGCAGUGGGACCAGGCAGGGCAGACGAAGGGGGGAGCAGUGGAACGUGGCCCAGCUGGAUAUCAAAGAACCUGGAAUCUUUAAGGGCUGGAUGAACCAGAUGUCCAGCUAUGACCUAGAGAUGUACCAUGCCACUCUGACCCACUCUGUGUAUGUACGCCUGGAGGGCUCCACCCUGCGCCUGUCCAAACCCAACCGCAACAUCGCCCGGCGGGCCACGCACAACGAGCCCAAACCUGACGUCACCUACAUCAGCCAGAAGAUCUACGACCUCACCGACAGCAAGAUCCACCUGGUGCCCCAGAGCCUGGCCAGGAAGCGCGUGUGGAACAAGAAGUACCCCAUCUGUAUCGAGCUGGCCAAGCAGGAGGACUUCAUGUCCAAGGUCCAGGCCCAGGGAGAGAGGCCCGAUCCUGGGGAAGAGAAGCCGGCCGGGGUGGGGGAGAAGGGGGAGAAGCUGGAGGGUCCAGGUGGAGCUGGGGGUGGAGAGGAGCCCAGGAAACCCCCAGGGGAGCGGGAUCUGACCCUGUUCCUGUUUGGGAGGACGGGUCGGGAGAAAGAAGAAUGGUUCAGGAGGAUUUUGGUGGCAUCCAGACUUAAGUCUGAGGCUAAUAAAACAUCCAGUGAGCAUCCAGUGGGCGACUGGCCUCACAGACUGGAGGCAGAGAGCAGGAGUAGCAGCCGUGGCAGCCUCAUGGACGAGCCCAGUCAGAAGGACCCUUCCCUGGCCGGAGGGGUCAGGCAGAAGAUGCUGCUGGACUACAACGUCUACAUGGCCAAGUACGUCACCCCCCUGCCCCCGCUGGACAGCCCCCCGGCCAGCAGCCCCUCCCACAGCCCAGAGGGCAGCCCUGGAGCCACCAAGAAGUUACCCAGCAGCCCGUGCGAGCGGCCGGGGCGAGGGGCGGUGCCAGAGGCGUGGGUGAACGCCUUGAUAGGCCGGGUGUUCUGGGACUUCCUGGGGGAGAAGUACUGGGCUGACAUGGUCUCCAAAAAGAUCCAGAUGAAGCUCAGUAAGAUCAGACUGCCGUACUUUAUGAAUGAGCUGGCUCUGACAGCGCUGGACAUGGGCUUCUCCAUUCCCAAGAUCCUCCAUGCCUCCAAGCCCUCUGUAGACCACCAAGGUCUGUGGUUUGAUCUGGAGGUGUCCUACACUGGUUCCUUCAUCAUGACCCUGGAGACCAAGAUGAACUUGGCCCGUCUGGGGAAGGAAGGAGAGGGGCUGGGGGAGCAGGGGAAAGAGGGGCCCAGACCUCGGGCCUACUGCCUGGCAGACAGUGAUGAAGAGUCCUCCAGUGCUGGAUCGUCUGACGAAGAGGAUCCCCCAGAAAUCCCCAUGGACAUGGUGGGGGCGGAGGGUUUCGUCGGAGGCCACCGGCCCAGUAAGAUCAUGAGGUUUGUGGACAAGAUCGCCAAGUCUAAGUACUUCCAGAAGGCCACGGAGACAGAGUUUAUCAAGAAGAAGAUCGAGGAGGUGUCCAACACGCCCCUGCUGCUCACCGUGGAGGUGCUGCAGUGCCGCGGGAUGCUGGCCGUCAACAUACCACCCCCACCCACCGACAGGAUAUGGUAUGGCUUCAGGAGUCCCCCCCACUUGGAGCUGAAAGCCCGGCCCAAGCUGGGUGAGAGGGAGGUCACGCUGGCCCACGUCACCGACUGGAUCGAGAAGAAACUGGAUCAGGAGUUUCAGAAAAUAUUUGUGAUGCCAAACAUGGACGACCUCUGGCUACCCAUCAUGCACUCUGCCAUGGACACCCGUUCUAACGCCAACCUGGCUACUGUGACAACAUCGACCGAUGCCUUGAGGGACCCAGACCUCUCGGAGCCUGAACUCUUUGACAUGUGAAGACAUCAAGACUCCGUUUCUGGGGUGUUGCUAAGGAUAAGUCACUGGCGAUAGGACAGGGAGGCCCAGGCGACCUGACAUCCUGGUAACCACUGGUGCCUGCGCCGCAGUUGGUGGGGCUUAUUGUCCUCCCCUCAGGACAGUGGGCCAAUCCUAUAGCCACUUCAGACUGUGGAUCCUCUACCAGGAAGUGAAGACAGAGAGACAACCUACUUACUUCUCACUUGGCUGGGACAUACUGCAUCAUUUGUUUGAAGGAAUAUUAAUCCGAGGAUGGUGUCAAUCAGACAGGUCAUGGAUUCACAGACCAUUUGGAAUGUAAGUGUGUGUGGGGUCAGACAAAUUGCCAUGCAGUGUAAACUGAAGAACCACACUACCUGUGAUGUACAGCAGCUACACCAAACGUCAUAGACGAACAUGAAAAGUGUGUGUACUAAUUGGAGUCCAUGAUAUGCCCUGCAUUUCUUUUUCCAUUGUUUCAGACCCGAAACCCUUUAAAAAAGGAUGGGUGUAGAUGGUCAUAGAGAGAAGGCUGUGUGUGAUUUGUCACAUGCGUCAUCAUCUUAUGCACAUAUGGGCAUUGUGAGACAAUGUCUAUCCCUCUCUCCGCCCCCUCCCCAUCCAUCGCGUGGCAUUCCUUAUGCAAACAGGUCAACGCCACUGUGCAUUGAUCAACAAUACCAUCCUACCCCCAAAACAACUCAAACUGCAGAAGGCAGGCUCAUGUGGUAGUUACUGAAUAGCCUGGGAUGAAUACCCUUGCUUGAGACCUGAAAAUGUGUUGGAUCCUCAAGAUAAUGUCUAGGCUUUAGCUCAGCGUGCUCACACUCUUGUGACAUGGGUAUGAAACCCGGGUAAGUCACAGAUGAAGGCUAAAUAUAGUAGUUACUGACUGUAUAGCUUGGGAGCUUUCAUCAAACGCAUAGGGCCUUCAGUGUCUUCUGUCCAUUACCUCAGCCAUUCUGAAGUCACGAGGUGUACAAAUACCAACCAUAAAUCUAUGUAUAGUCACAAUAGUCUUAUAGCUAUGAUGUCAAAAGAGGUGUGUAGACUGUAGACAGAAGGCCUAAUGAAUGUACCUUUAACAUGUAAAGCAGGCAGUUCCCUAACUGGGUCAAAUAUAAAGGACCCUAACUGCUAACUUAGGGCUCCAUUCAAUCAGAGCCGCUUUAGGAGACAUCUGCAUAACGGUUGUUUUGCAGGUGUCGGAGGUGUUACUGCGUUAGAGCAGUCAAAUACACAAGUGGCUUCUGGAAUUAUACCUAAAGCAGACAUUGCCAUUGGCUGUUUGGAGUCGCAUUAAGAGAAAUCCCAUGCAGCUGUAACCGAUGUGAAAUGGCUAGUUAGUUAGCGGUGGUGCGCGCUAAUAGCGUUUCAAUCGGUGACGUCCAUCGCUCUGAAGUGGUUGUUCCCCUUGCGUUGCAAGGGCCGCGGCUUUUGUGGCGCGAUGGGUAACGAUGCUUCGUGGGUGUCAGUUGUUGAUGUGUGCAAAGGUCACUGGUUCGAGCCCACGUUGGGGCGAAGAGAGGGACGGAACCUACACUGUUACACAGCCUCGUUUACAAGUUCAAACAUUGGAAUGUGAGGCGUUUUCUACACCUUAAUUAGGCUGAUAGAAAUCCUAUUUUUUUUGUUGAAUGAUUUUAAAUUUGAGCGUUAUUAUUUAUAUAUAGACUAUACUUUCUCAUUCUGAACUUCUAAUGUGUGGGACGGUGUGGCAAUGAUCACAAGAGCAGCUGCUCACUGAUUUGUUUCAACGCAGUUACACCUCCAAAACAUUUGCUUUGCGGGUGUCGUCUAUCGCCAGUAAAGGCUUGAUCUGAUUGAAUCUAGGCACUACUCUGGUAGUGGUAGGAGAUAUUUCCUGAGUUCAUUUUCUAUCAACUGUUUUAAAAUGCAGAGAUCAAAUGCAUUUGUCUCUAGCUGUCUUAUAGGCCAAGAAGCACUUUCACUCACACCCACCUUUUUAAAACGGUUUCUCUCAACCUUUUUUGUACCAGCAACUGGCAAAUAUGGUGUCUUAUUCAGGGGGUGAACUUGUACAGCAAGUCUCACGAAACAGGAUAGGCUCCUUCCCUGUGGUCCAUUCUAGGUCGGACAAGACAUGCUUAGCUACUGGCAAAGCUAUGCGUUUCCUCUUUGGAGCACCACUGCGCUACAUUACUGAAUUGUCAGACAUCCAUAUCGGAGGGACUUCAACAUCACAGGCCCAGAGGUUGAGUAUCACUAUCUUAGGACACAGCUUUCACACACUCAGAUUCUGAACAUGUUUCGAUGCCUGUAGCUGGCGAUUCAAACAGCCAUAAGUAAUACGUCAGCCAUACCGCUCAGCCAAUGGAAACAUGAGCCAUUCAGUAAAUACGACUGCUUUUAUCAAUUUCCUGUACAUAUGAAAAAAUAUUAAACACGUGGCUAUGACUGGGGUAGAUGGUUUUUAACCUUUCAGAAUCAUGACAUUUGCCAAGAUUAACUUUUACAGGUGACAUUUGGGUUUUGUUUGCCGGAAAGCAAUGUGUACGAGGCAGAAGUGCCGUUUGAAUAACCAUUAAUUCUAGUUGGUUAAAUGUUUUACGAUAAAUUGUGUGCAUGUGAGGCCACGUCAUAGAUUAUUUCCUCAUACGCUCGUUGCAGUGAUGGGGGGAGAAAAAAAUAAUCUGGAAUUUCAGUUGCGUUGAGCAAUGUCAUAACAGUUCUGAUCAAUAAAACAUUGCUUUCAUGUAGCUGAUCAUCCUAGGCUAAGAUAAGACAAUUCAAACUAAUGUGUAGUAGUUUGGGCCAUAAGGACUUUGUACUUUUGAGUUAUAGGAACAUUUGCCCAUGUGGGCAGAUCACACAACAGGUUAGUGUCACUGAAUAGUACACAGAACAUUUUUUUUUUUAAAUUAAAUCUGCCUAUUAACAAUAUAUACUGGUUUAUUCCUUGUAGCUCUAAAAUGAGGGAAGGGAUGCCUUAGGAAGCAUAUUCAGAUUGAAGAUCAGAAUACACACAUGACAAAUAGUGAUUAGAUGUGAGUUGCAUUUAAAAGAGAAACUUGGGAUGAAAUGCCAAGUAACCCCAGUUAUAACAAGCCUUUGAUUUGCUCUUGCAGCUGUAGCUUGGCCUACGGAGCCAUGGAGAGGGCUCCGCUGGUUCAAAGACAGUGCAUACAGUUACAAUAUACAUGAACACCAAACAUUCCACUACAAAUGACACUUUACAGGACAAUUUAAUAAUGUUCAAUAAAUUGAGUUGUAGUAGUUGAA